AUGAUAAGGAAUGCUGUCCACCAUUUGCACAGGAGCUAUUCAAGCUAUCUUUCUCCUGUAGUGCGCCCUAAAACGCUCGCGGAUCUUUUCUCCAAGCAUGUAUCCCGUGAGCCAAUCACUAUGAUCACGGCCUAUGACUAUAUAAGCGGGAGCUGGGCCCAGGCUGCCAAUUGCGACAUGAUCUUAGUCGGUGACUCGCUGGCGAUGUGCGCACUAGGCUAUGAAUCUACUACGGAGAUCAGCCUGGAAGAGUUUUGUUUCCAUGUACAAGCUGUUAGCCGCUCGCCAGGAGACGCCUUUAUUGUUGUGGAUAUGCCUUUUGGCAGCUUCGAGUCCAGUAUAGAGAAGGGUGUGGAAACAGCUAUUUCGCUUAUGAAGUGCUCUCCCAAAGUUGGAGCGCUGAAAUUGGAAGUUGGCAGCCAUUCUCUAAGCACACACAAUCCUGACUACUCCUUGAAGUUGGCAGCAGAGCUUUGCUCAAGAGGCAUCCCUGUGAUGGGCCACAUAGGCCUGACGCCCCAACGCGUUCACUCGCUGGGCGGCUACAAAGUUCAAGGAAGCCGGUCUGCACAAGAUGCAGCAGCCAUAUUCGAAACUGCACGCCAGUUGAAGAAGCUAGGUUGCUUCUCAAUUUUGGUUGAGUGCGUCCCGCACAAAGUCUCGCAGCAUAUCACGGAGACCCUUGAUAUUCCAACAAUCGGCAUAGGGGCCGGUUCUGGCACUAGCGGCCAGGUCUUAGUCCAAUCAGACAUCCUCGGUAUGCUGCCUGGAAGAGUCCCUAAGCUUGCACAAAAAUAUACAGAUUUGCAUGCCCAAAGCGUGGACGCUCUCAAGCACUACGUAGCAGAUGUUACACUGCAUAAAUUUCCGGAUAACGAUAAAAAUGGUUUCAAGAUCAAGGAGGAUGUGUGGCGUGAAUUCCUAGAGAUUGUCGAAUGA